AUGUACCUUUGCUUGCGAUCGUGUUGUGUGAUGUUUGCUGAUGCCGUUUGCACUCAAGCCGAAAGGUAUUUACGUUCUACAUCAGGCCUCCAUCCUUUCGGAAUGUCACGUUCUAUCUUCAUGUUGGUCGUGCUAGUUGCAGCAACUCUGGUGGCUGCCAGUGAGGGCGGCAUCAGUGCAGAGGCUCCAGCUGAUUACUGGCACGGGGCAGUCCAGGAAGACAUCCAGCUCCUGUUCUCCUUCGCGUUGGGCAUUCUCUUUGUACGGUCUGCUGAAACGAUCUUCGAUGAGAGCACAGAAGGCCAUCGACAGCACAAGAAACUGGAGCUGUACCCACUGCUGGCGUAG